AUUUGUUUACUAAUAUCAAAAGGAAAUAUAUUCUUCUGUAAGUUUUUAACAUCCGAAUGCUAUCUGUAGCAAAUGAUAAUCUGGGUGGCGGAGACCGUAAACAGAUAAAAAAGUCUUCGCCUGCGAGUGAAGUAGCGACUUCUUCGGUGAAUUCGAACGAAGUCAAAACGUCGGACGAAGGGAAUCCCUCAUUUUCGAGGGAGGUGGAUAAGACAUUAAUUCCACCUUCCACAAGCAGUUCCGACGACUCCGUUACAAACGAAUCAUCUGAUGAUACCGAAACAAAGGACUCUAGCUUGGACGACAUUUUAGCAAACAGAGAAAGGCCUAAUAAAACUAAAAUUAGAAUAACAAAAGCUUCCAAAGAAAAACGAGAACAUCUGACAGGCGAACUGGUCAAAUCACUUGCUGACAAACAUAGCAAAGUGUUAUCACAUAACAAUAUUCUAAAAAUACAAUAUAUGACUAAUGAUCAGUCUAGUAAACUUAAUAACUCGUCUGAAAGUUCUGAAGACUAUCAACCCUUUCCGAAAAAUCUAGUUCAAAUCGAAGCCAAUACUCAAGAAGUCGAAGUCGUGGAAGUAAAUACCGUAGAAGCCAAUACAUCAGAAGUCAACAACAAAGGACUAACUGCUAUAAAAGUUAGGAAAACAGAGAUAAAAAAUACGGGCUUCCAAAUAGAUAUAGAAGAGAAAAACGCGGAACCUAGUGCUGGCACAGAAAAGGUACAAGAAGCGAAAGCAGCAACUUUGCAAACCCAUUCCAAUGGGCUCGAGGAGGAUAAGGUUGUAAGAUCGUUGAAAUCACACGAAUUACCUUCUAUCCAGCCUAUUCCGAUAUUGGAUGUAAGUGAAGUUGGCGGCGAGUUUACAGAUGUACCUGAUGAUUCAGCUUUAUUAAGGAUGAGAAAAAUUUUGCCUUAUUUUGUUCGUGGCCGAGUUGUUGCCGGCUUUGGAAGAGGAUCUAGAGAGCUUGGUAUACCUACAGCCAACUUUUCGAAAGAAGUCGUCGAUGAUAUCCAUGACGAUCUAUGCCCAGGAGUGUACUACGGAUGGGCGAAAGUAGAUCCUUGGCCCGUGAUGAAGAUGGUUAUGAAUUUAGGCUGGAAUCCGUAUUACGAAAAUAGAAUAAAAUCAUUGGAAGUUCAUAUCUUAUAUGACUUUCCGUGCGAUUUUUAUGGUUCUCAUAUGAGGAUUUGCAUAUUGGGGUAUAUAAGACCCGAAGCCAAGUUUAAUUCGAUGGAAGAUUUGAUCAAGUCCAUUCAGCGGGAUACGGAAUUAGCUAAGAGUCUUUUGGAUAAUCCCGAUUGCAUGAUGUAUCGUUUUCACGAAUAUUUUGGAUGCGUUUGCGAAGAACCUUCUAAUGGCUGACAGUACUAUUACAGACAAUUUUUAUGAAUAAAUUAGUGUACUUAGGACAAGUACUUACAAUUAAAGUACUUAUACGUUUUACCAGGAGCAGUGUAAAUCAUACAACUGAAGAACCAAUAAUUUUGCCAAGUUAUAUUUCGGUAUUCAAUUGUAUCUAUGCAUUUUGUUUUAAGAUGAUCUGUGCUAUUUAUUUAUGUAUUAUUUUUUACUAAGUUACUUGUUUUAAUAAAUACUCAAAAGCCCUCUUACCUCUAUACCGUAAAAUUAUAGUUUACAUUUUUUUAUUUUGAGUUAAAAGUUUAAGCAUGACAUUGUAAACU